AGCGGAAGCGGCGACACAAGAGGGGAGGGGAGCCAUGGCGGCGGAGGGGCCCUGCGCGUUGGUCACGAGCUGCGCCACCGACUUCGCCGGGGACGAGUUGGUGAAACGUAUCAUAGGAACAGAAGACCUGACUGUGGAUGUGCCUGCCAACGGAGGAGUGAGAUUUUACCCCUGGACCAUAGAUAAUAAAUACUACUCUGCUGAUAUCCAUCUUUGUGUGGUACCAAACAAGUUCCUGGUGACAGCAGAAAUUGCAGAAUCUGUCCAGGCAUUUGUGGUUUACUUUGACAGCACAAUAAAAUCUGGUCUUGAUAGUGUCUCAACAUGGCUUUCCCUCACGGAAGAAUGGUUACCAGAGGUUAUGAUCUUGGUCUGUGACAGAGUAUCUGAAAAUGGUGUGAGCAGACAAAAAGCUCAGGAGUGGUGCAUCAAGCAUGGCUUUGAGCUGGUGGAACUCAGCCCGGAGGAGCUGCCUGAUGAAGACGAUGACUUCCCAGAGUCCACAGGAGUGAAACGAAUUGUACAAGCCUUGAACGCCAACGUGUGGUCUAACGUAGUGAUGAAGAGUGACAGGAAUCAGGGCUUUGGCCUUCUCAGUACGUUAGCAGGUGCGAACUGUAGCCUUGGGUCAGGAGAAAACCAAGAUCCAGAAUCCCAGCCACCGACGGCGGGCAGGGCAGAAUCGCGCUCGGAAGACGACAGAGAAGAUGCAGCUAGCACCAACAAUUUGCAGGUUGACAGCAUUGUAGAUCCCAUGCUCGAUAUGGAUAUUCAAGAGCUUGCCAGUCUGACCACAGGAGAAGGCGACCUGGAGAAUUUUGAACGACUGUUUUCAAAGCUGAAAGAAAUGAAAGACAAGGCAGCCACGUUGCCUCGUGAGCAGAGGAAGCUACAUGCAGAAAAGGUGGCCAAAGCCUUCUGGAUGGCGAUCGGAGGAGACCGAGACGAGAUAGAAGGCCUCUCCUCAGAUGAAGAAAACUAAGUUCUGUAGCUGCUUGCAGUAGAGCUGAUCGACAGCUGUGAAGUAACACUGGUCCCUCCGUCCCUGGACAAUAUUUUUUUUUUCCUUUUGCUGAAGACCCCAUUUUGCUUUGAUUGUUCGGCUGGUUGAAAGCCGCCGCCGCCGCCUCAAGCACUACAUUCCACAGCGCGUGCCGUGCAUUUCAAGACUUGUGCUUCCUUGCCGCUCCGUCCUACGGCCGCAUGCUCCAUCUUUGACAAGAAAAUAAUAAGUCCCUUUGCAUUUUUUCCAAUGGCCAUUUUUCAUUGUUUCCCCUCGAGUAUUCAAAGGACGUGUUCCUGGCCAUCACCUUGGGCUGCUGGUUGUCAGAGGCUCGAGACCUCACGCAACACACCCCCUGGGCAUCCCCCAUGUCCCAGGCUGGUCCCUCACAUGGAGGGGUGCAAGCUACAGGCCCACUUGGCAGGAGGUCUCCAAGAGCCCAAAGCAGUCCCAGGAGAUGGCCAGAGGCAUUGUGAGUGGAUCUCAGCCUUCCCUACAAGUCGGGGGGCCAGGAAGGAAGCCUCACUGGCCAAGGGACAGCGUGGGUAGGCUUGCAGUGACCUUUCCUACAGCUUCCUUCUGUGCUUUGCCAUCUCUGCCUGUUUCCUAAUGCACACACCCGGGGGCUGCACAGCCUAUAAGCUCGAGUGACCGCUUUUCUUGCCUCCUUGCUGCCCAGCUGGGCAAGACUUGGUUGUGCGGUAGACACGAGGCAACCAAGUAGAGUAGAACUACACGCACCCAAGACCAGCACUUACCCGAACACCCGAGAAAGUUGAUGCUUCGUCAUCUUGCUGCCUUGGGAAGUCUCUCACGUGGAAGACUGAUGGAGUUUUUUGAAGAGCUAAGAUGGUGCGUGACGGCGAGGUGGCUGAGCCCGAUGGCCUCGGGGAGCAACCGAACCGACCAGAGGCGCCCCCACGCCCAACCACUGUUCCUUGUCGUGCUGCAGAGUCGGGGGGAUUGGCGAGGGAGAGGUGCUAGCACUGCUCAGAAGACCCUGCUGCUCACCUUUUGCACGUGAAACUGUGUCUGACCUCAAGAAGAUGUGUGAAACCACAGCAGAGCUCUGCCUGAUGAGCACGGUUUGGUCAGAAUUCAAGGGCUCUGGAAUAGCCGGGAUUGUCAGCCUGGGUAAGGGAAGUGUUCACAAUGGGUCUUGUCAGUGCAAUUACCACAACUAUCCCUAAAGUCCUUGCUGUCAGUCGGUAUCUUAGUCAAAGCACGGUAGCUUAAAAAAAAUAAAUGUUCGCGCGUCAGACUAGCUGUUGUGGAUAGAAAACUGUAGGGACUUAAAAGAUCCUUCCAGAUUGUGUUGUACUUUUUUUUUCCUUUUAUGAUCUAAAGUCUGUUUGUUUGGUGGGGUUUUUUGUUUUUUUUUUUGGCUGCAGAAGUUCUCAGCAAAAUCAGUAUUUCAAAAAUGAAUAAAGCACUUGUUCGUGGAAAAGCUAAA